CCCCAUCAUUGCUGUCAGUGGGAGGAACAGUGCUCCAUCAUUGGUGUCAGUGGGGGGAGGAAUAGUGCCCCAUUGUUGGUGUCAGUGGGGGGAGGAAUAGUGCCCCAUCGUUGGUAUCAGUGUGGGGGGGGGGGAAUAGUGCCCCGUCAUUGGUGUCAGUGGGGGAAGGGGAUAGUGUCCCAACAUUGGUGUCAGUGGGAGGAAUAGUGUCCCGUCAUUGGUGUCAGUGGGGGGGGGGAUAGUGCCCCGUCAUUGGUGUCAGUGGGGGGGGUAUAGUGUCCCAACAUUGGUGUCAGUGGGGGAAGGAAUAGUGUUCCAUCGUUGGUGUCAGUGAGGGGUGGAAUAGUGCCCCAUCGUUGGUGUCAGUGGUGGGAGGAAUAGUGCCCCGUCGUUGGUGUCAGUGGGAAGAAUAAUGCCCCAUC